CUUUUAAUAGAAUAAAGAGUAGCCCCCCGGGGGGGUGGCCCGUGGUCAGGUGACACCUGGUAUUGUAUCUUUGUACCUCAAGACCCAAUCCUUAUCCAAUCUCAUUUCCAAUCCCCACUUGUGAAAUUAUCUUCAAAAAAAACACCAUCCUUGACGUAACCUGCCCUCCGAGACGCAAACACAGCCGUCUUCCCUCAGCGUCCUAUCGCCAUGGCUUCACGAUCGCUAACCCCUCUGCGGGUCACCGCUCGAGCCUUCGAGAAAGCCUUCGCCAGCCCGCAGAUGGUGAAUUGGGCCCGGAGGAUCCCCGCCAGCCGAACCGUCGUGAGCAAGAGCACCCUCAUCUCCUCCACCUCCUCCUCGCGCGCCGCGUCGACGACGGCGACGACCCCCAAGUCGGAGAGCCCCUCGAGCGAAGCUGCGCCCGCAGCCGCGGAUGCCAAGCACAAGCGGGUGCCCGCGGUCUCGGGGAUCCCGCUGCCGGACGCACCACCGACCCCGGAUCCAAUCACGGAAGGCGUGAUCGACUGGUCGCGAUCCUAUCACGGCCUGGGCACGUCGACGUUCGGCCCUGAGGUCGCCGCCGUCCUGCAGGCCCCCCUCAACCCUGACGACAUCGAGGUAAAGCCCGACGGCAUCAUCUACCUCCCGGAGAUCAAGUACCGCCGCAUCCUCAAUGCUGCCUUCGGGCCCGGCGGCUGGGGCCUCGCCCCCCGCGCCGACCUCCAGGUUAACGACCGCACCGUCACCCGCGAGUACGCGCUCAUCGUCCACGGCCGCUUUGUCGGGCAGGCCCGCGGCGAGCAGCAGUUCUUCACCGAGGAGGGCAUCGCGACCGCGUCCGAGGGCUGCAAGUCGAACGCGCUGAUGCGCUGCUGCAAGGAUCUCGGCAUCGCGUCGGAGCUCUGGGACCCGCGCUUCAUCCGCAAGUUCAUGCGCGAGCACGCCAUGCAGGUCUGGGCCGAGCACGUCACCACCAAGAAGCGCAAGCAGAUCUGGCUGCGCAAGGACGAGGAGAUCCGGUACCCCUUCAAGAAGGCUUAGCGCAUCCUAGCCGGUCUGCUGGGCUGCUUUGUAUCAGAACACACGUGGGGUCGGUCCGUAGAUAUGAUUAGGGUUAGUAAGGAUUCAUAAGAAUAAAAAGGUUAGAAGAGAGAGAGAGACGAGGGGGGGGGAGAGAGACGAAGAAAAAGAGGAACGGUUCGGGUUCUCAUGGGACGCACGUGAAUGCGAGUCGCUGCGCAAUCUGUCAGGGAGACGUCGGUGACGGAACGGGCGAUGAGAUGCGUCAGAAGGGCGGUGUAGGAUAGACGUGGCAGCAACGGGAGAGAUACCCUAGCUAUUGCGCACAGCAGGCGCGCUCACGACGAAGAGGACGAAGCAUAUGAGAGGAGGGGACGGAGGGAGGGUUUUGGCUGCCAGUGGCAGGCUGGCCAGCCGAUGCUCUAGCAGCCGACUACCCUCUCCGCGUCGGCGACCAAGUACAUAGUCCUGUAAUGCCUAACUGACUCCACUUCACAAAUGCUCACA